ACGAGAGAGAGAGAGAGCGAGUCAGAGGUAGCGGGGAGGGAGGGCUUUGAUUGCGCGGGGUGCUUGAUUGGGGUGGUAGUUGGCGACGGGCUUCGUCGCCUUGCAAUGCUGCCGUGUUAAGCCCUCUGUCGAUACCAGACUUGCGAUCUGUCUUCUGGAGUUUUUCGCGAGGGGAAGGGGUUGAAGCGAAGGGAGUUGGGACUCGGAGAAGAUUAAGAAGUCCUGUUCUGUUUUCUUAUUUCUUUCACGCGUUUCCACUUUGCGCAGAGUCUGAUUGGGAGCUUUUUGCUUGGUCUAUGAGGUAGAGAGGGGUCAGCAGGGAUGGACAGGACUAGAAGCAGCAAGGAAGCUGAGGGGAAGAAGGCUUUGAGGUGGGAAAGCAUAUUACGAAGUCAUGAAAGCGAGAGUACUUCAUUAAACAGUAGAUUUUGUUGUCAUCGUUGUUAUUGUUGUUGUUGUCGUUGUCGUUGUUUUCUGACAUGUGGUUGAGGAGGUAAGUGUGAGGUAAGAGAGAGCGAGAGGAGGAUGAGAGAGAACUUGGCGAGAGCAGUUGUGCGCGAUCUGCGACACCAAGGGCAUGAGCAUGUGGUGCUUCGGCGGGACGGAGUGACCGCGGUUCUUUACUGUUCCCUGUGUGAUACAAGAUGUUACAAUGAAGCGGCUCUCUGGGAUCAUCUGAACGGUAAGAGCCAUUCAAGGCACUAUGAGUCCGUGCGCGCGAAGGGAGAGGCGUGGGGGAAGCAGGCAAAGAGAGAGUUUGUUGAUGUCGAUGCGGACGACGACAGCUGGGCCACGACGGCGACAGGGGCGAGGGAGAGGUGGGAUGCGGGUAACAAGGGAUCGACCCUGUCGGAUGAGGAAUCGUGUCUGGAGGGAGAAUUUGAGGGACAUGGUGUGUCUGCAACGUCGUCGACGACGUCCUUGAAGUGGAUUGGCAGCGGGGAACUUCUUCUUAAAACCAAAGCCACGGGUAGUGCUUACGUGGAGGCUUCUUGGUUUUUCUGGCAGGGGAUGUAUAAGCUUACAGCGAAGAACUGGAAUAAAAGCGGCGGUCCAUCCGGAAUUGAGUAUGCUUUGGUUGUUUUCCCCUACAGUGAUGGUAUUGGCAGGGGAGGCAACUGGCCGUCCUUGAGCCGCUCUGGAACGAAAGGUUCACGGGUUUUGGAGAGCAUAAAUUUGCGUAGAGGACACAAAAUGUCUCGCAAAGUUCCAGGGAACUACAGGUUUAAGACGCAAGUUUCUCGAGAAAUUAUUGCUUCAACGGGAACUUCGCCCUCCACGGCUCGGCACAAAGCCCUGUCGCCACUAACAUUGACAAUCAGAACAAACCCCACGAAACUGGUGACUCCAGAAGUGCUGGAAAGUGACGGCGACCCAGCGAAAAGCGGUGUCGAGAAUGACGGACCAAUAACCACUUAUCGAAGAAUAUGGAAACAGAAGCAAGUUAAGAAUCCAGAUCGCAUAUGUUUCAUUUGUCGUCAGAAGCUGCUCCCGAUCCAGGAUGUCGCUGCUUUGGUGAACGUAAAAUCUGGGCAGAUGAUCUGUGGAAGUCGGAACAGACGAGGGGUUUUUCAUGUUUUUCACAGCGCCUGCUUGAUAGAGUGGAUUGCAUUUUGCGAAGCAAAAACUUGGAAUGCUUCCCUGGCUAUGAGUCGAAAGUUGAAGCGUCGCAAAACUGUGCAUCCUAGUGCGUGCCAGGAAGGCCACACUAACGACAGACAUGGCGGGUUUGGGAACGAGACUGAGUUCACGUCCGAGACGGCCAUUUUUUGUCCUGAAUGUCAAGGCACAGGUGUAAAAAUACAUGGUCCUGAACUCGAACGUCCCCGCUUCCGUCUGAAUCAAGUCUAUGAAUGGGUCAUGGAACUCAUUGAGGCUAGAAAAGCCUACAUGGAAGAUCAUGGGAACCCAUUGGGGCUGUUAUUUGUGAAACCAGCCAACUCUAAAUCCCCGGGUGUUGUUCAAUCAAGAGGUUUCAUACAUUGCUAUUCCGCUCGAGGCUAUCCCGACUUGAUGGCUAACGCCAUGAGCAGGGAGGUAGAAUCGCGCAAGUAAAGUGUAUGGGUAUUCUUCUGUACAGAGCAGUAUUCAUGUACCAUACUUUGAUCCUAUUGUAGUUCCAAGCCUGCCGCAGGACACUUAGCAUUAUUUUUAUUCUGCCAGAGUCCUGGCCUUUGCAGUGCCCCCAACCUCUAAGUACAGUCGAUGCGAGUUACAGUUCAUGAUGAAACCAAUCAGUUCAACGCAUAGGGUAUUCUCUGUCGAUUUUUACGUAUGGUUGCAUCUGCGAAGCAUGCAAGUGGGGUUUGGGUGCAAAGAUGCAAACGCUUUGCAAGGAUUUGGUAGCCAGUAUUGCGAGGGCUAAUCUGAAGCCCCGUUUAUUUGGGCGGCGAGAUCCUCAGAUGACAGUCAUUGUGUACGUUUCUGUAAUGUCGAUCGGAUCAGAUAGUGAUACCCUUCCAUGUUUAGAUUGCUGUGCGUAUAAUUACUGUUUCUGAGAACUAUAAACUUCGAUGGUAUGUUCUUUCUUGCAUCAAGAGAGAAUCAUCAAAACAAGUUGUGAAGCGAAUUGCAGAGGCAAUAUGAACACAUGAACAAUAUACAAGGUCUCUGCUGUUUUGGAAGCAAUCAAUAAGAGAAUGCACGUCACAUCCA